AUGUCAGCCAGCGACAGAGGAUCUCGACCACCCAGUAAUAUCGGUCGCGCACGCUCACCUCUAGGAGGUCACCAGCCAUUGGUCCCGACAAGUGCUCAUUCAGUUUUCCAAACUCCCGGCAUUUCACGUGCGCCAUCGGACGAUGGUUCCUUUGACGAGCCUAUAACUGCUGGUGUGCGUCGCAAAAGGGUGGAUUCUACUGGUCAGGGUUACUCGGCAACUCUUACACCUCGCAGCACAAAACGACUCAAAGUCUACGCAAACAAAGUUGCAGAGGAGGUUGGUGUUCCAAACACCAGUCUACAUGAGUUCAUUGAUUGUGGAGGGAUAUACCAGAUGCUCAUCAGGAUUGCAGCCCUUGUGCUCAAGAAUGACGUUGACGAGAAACUGAAAUUGCUCGCUAAUCUGAAAGAGUUACUGAACUCUAAGGAUUUCAAGUCUGCACUUCAAAACCGUCUGACCGCGUGCAUGCUUUCGCCCAACCUCACUGCGUAUGUGACAGACACACACCCACAGAUCUUGAAAUUUAUCAAGGAGCACCAAGAAGUAUUCAAGGUUCCAGAGGCACUGUUCGAGGACGUGCAGCUCAGCACACUUUUUGCCAAGAUUGUCAGCGACUCUCUCUCUACAAUCCGUGGCAACAUGAAAUCUAAGUUGACUGUGUCUAUUGCUAAGCGCACUAGUAUCACAGACAUCGCAAGGUCCCUCGCUCAUGGCUGUAUUGAGGUUGAUGCGGCUCAUUGGAACAGGCUCGCAUUUUUGCGGCGCUGCUUGCGUGUCUACCUAAUCGGCAUCGGCGACUAUAAGAUUGUCUCCCUGAAGUCUCUUUACUCCCCCCUGCUUAUACCUUCUCUCCCAAAGGAAAUCCGCGAAAAAAUUGGACCGCAGCUUGGCAUUGAUAUCGACGAGAUAGAGCAAAGCAUGCUCGCUUCAGAAGAGGACGGCGACAGCACUGGCCCCUUGCCAGACAUCACUGCCGAUGCAGAUGAAGCCGGUGAUAGCCAUGGCGAGAAUGAGAACGUUGACGUGGAUGUGGAUUACGACAGAGACGACAGAGACUUUGAGCUCGAUGCGGGCGACACUGGGGACGUUGACAGGGAUGGUUCGGUUGUCGAGGAGAAAUCUGACCUCUACACAGUGGGAAAAUUUUGGAAUUUCGUCGACUCCUCACUCACAAGCGCCCGCAACGCUGCGAAGGAGCAAGCGAUGCAAGACAAUGGUUCAUCGUAUGAGAAAGCAUAUAGCAACAUCCUUGUGCAAUAUCUACAGCAGGAUCUUUCCGAUUUUCCUGGAAAUACCAAAGUUCCAGUGCUCCUGUCCACCAACCGCCCCCAGUGGCAAUUGACUAUUCAGAACCACCUUCUUUGGAACCACGUUUAA